AAUUGACAUUCUCUCAUUGGUUGAACUGCUAAUAAUUUGUGAUUGACAGUCAGGACCAGUCUAUUACAUCAGGGCAAGCGAAGUCAUACCGGGACACAAGUCGGCAGCACUCACAGUGAGCAGAAUGACAUUAACGUUACCCUGCCGAUAUAGGAGAAACUGACUCGCUACCACACAGAGGAAGACUUGUCUGUUCCAGUGAAAAUGGCUGGCAAAGAGUCAGAAGCUGAUCUAGAAGAAGAUGACAGUGACGAAAACCCCAGGAUUUCUCCAAAAGCAGCAAAGGAAAAGAACAGUAAAGUAGAGGUCAUAUCAAAGAGUUCAAGUAGGAAGCAGGAAGAGACAAGGAUCCAGGUUUUGUCCAGAGCCUGUGAUGAGAAAGAAAAAUCAAAUAAGCCAGAGUCCGAGAAAGCCCAGAAGGUGGCAGAAGAUGAAAAGGUGAAUACACCUUACGAGACAAGGAUUAGAGUAAAAAGACAGAAAAUAAUGAAAGAAGGAGUAGAAAAAAGCAGAACAUCCCCAGCUUGCAAGGAGCAAGAGUUGAUCAUGGAUACUUCUGAGGAAGAAGAAACCAAAUGUGAGGAAGUCAACAAAGUUGGGAUUGCAGAUGGGGAUGCUGAAGAGCAAGACAAAAACAAGAGACUAACUGAUGAUGUUGAGUGCCUGAGCUCCAGGGUAGGGGAUGUUGGAAGAACAUUGGAGUUAAAAGUGAGUAGUGACAGACAAGAGUCAUCUGAAGCUGGCACGAGUGAAGAUCAGAAAAAGCAAAGUAAUGCUGACAUUAGAACAGAAAAUGGACCAAUGAGGAUGAGGAAACAGAGCGUAAGAGAUGCUGAUGAUGUAACAGAGAAUGGACCAAUGAGGAGAAGAGAACUGAGUGUCAGACAUGAUGAUGCUGUAACAGAGGAUGGACCAAUGAGGAGGAGGGAACUGAGUGUAAGAGAUGAUGAUGAUGUAACAGAGAAUGAACCAAUGAGGAGGAGGGAACUGAGUGUAAGAGAUGCUGAUGAUGUAACAGAGAAUGAACCAAUGAGGAGGAGAGAACUGAGUGUCAGACAUGAUGAUGCUGUAACAGAGGAUGGACCAAUGAGGAGGAGGGAACUGAGUGUAAGAGAUACUGAUGAUGUAACAGAGAAUGGACCAGUGAGGAUGAGGAAACAGAAUUUAAGAGAUGCUGAGGUUGUGACAGAUGAUGGACCAAUCGCAAAGAGGAUCAGGACAAGAUUAGGUGCAGUAAGAGAGGCUGAGGAAGAGACUGCAGAAGGAAGUGUAACCAGGGUGGGAGAUGGAAGAGGAAACCAACAAGUCAAAGUUGGGGAAGGAGGUGAUAUGACUACAAGACCCCCAUGGAGAGAUGGCCGCCGCCGUCGGUGCAGAACCAAGUACUCCAAGGAACAGCUGAUGGCCAUGGAGGAGCUGUUCAUGAAGAACAGGUACCCAGACAUUGUUGAGCGAGAGGACUUGGCUGAAAGGAUUGGGUUAACAGAGGACAGGAUCCAGGUGUGGUUCCAGAACAGACGGUCUCGAUGGCGCGCUCGUGAGAGAAAGAUGCAGAAGGCAGCCGAGGGUGUGGCAGCCAGGUGUUCCCAGUCUGCUUCUAACGCCGAGGUUCCCAGCGACAGCGCUGGUGCCACCUCUCAGCCUGCACGCCCCCUACCAGUUCUCAUUAUUCCUGCAGCUGGAUUCCCCAUGAUGCAGCAAUACUUCUCUGCCAUGUCAUCUGGUAAUGUUACUGAUGGUGCUAAAGAUCACAGGUCUACAGGCAUGCCCAUGGUGCUGCAGUGUCCACCAGCUGAUCAUUCCCAGCAUGCACAAGGGGCUGCCCCAACUACCUCUUCCAACUCUAGUGCUGAAGUUUCCAAUAUCACUACAUCUUCAGCCACAAAACCAGCUAGCAAUUCUACUACAUCGUCCACAGUCACAAGACCAAGGACUAUCGCACCUAAGUUGGAUCCACAGAAGCUACCAUUCCCAUACACCAUCGGCUUUGCCUACUUUCCCUCACAAGGUGCUGGGACGAAGGGACUAGCCAACAGAGAGAACCAGACAGUCAGUGCAAGCUUGGUGAUACCUGCUAACCAAGGUCAACUGGGAAGCGUUCAAGGUCAUAGAGGUGGCGGGCCAGGUCCGACUCUCUCUCCCUUACUGCGAGCUGUAGAGUCUGAGCUUCAAGCGAAGAAUGUCCCAGUGUCGGUGGCCCCUACCACUCCAAGAAAUGUUGCAAAGAACAGGAACGCUUCAAAGGAGGCCUGCAGCAGCUCCAUGCAGUUGAGAAGCAGGAGUGUCAGGCCGAUUGCUCCGAUGCCCACAGGAAGCAGAACUACGCAGAGGAGGCACUCGACAGGGGCCAGAUAUCCCCUACCAGCUGACGAUCCACAGGAACCGACUGUUGGAGAUGGAAUAGCUAGAAAAACUCAGGUAGAAAGCAUGGUCAUGAGUCAAAGUGUGACUCCACUCUCUGCCACAAGGCAUAGAAGCAGCAUCACUGGACAAAGGGAGGGAUUUUCUCAGAUUGACAAUCAUCCUUCCACCAGCAUGUUAACGUCCCUUGGAACAGGAUUUACAAGGAUCGACCACAGUGGUCGGAUCCAUGCCCAACACUCUCACGAGAGCAGUCCCGCGUCACCCGUUCCUUUCCAACCCAUCCAGCGCAGAAGGUCCAGGACAUUCUCAGAAGGAAGUGGGGGCUGCGUCCCAACCGGGUGUUUCCUGUCAAAAGCAUAUGCACAGUCGAGGAGCGAAGGUGCUGGGGAAGCAGACAGCACCCUACUGACAGGUAUGAGGAGACCUGCGUCCCUUCAAAUCCCUCAGCCACAGAGACAAGGUUCGUCAUCCUCAUGCAGGGUGAAGAAGAUGUCUGACAACCAGGGGGUCAUUCUGGAAGACCGCAGCUCGACAGAGAUAUUUCGUGUUCCACCGAGGCGUAGAGCAAACAGUCUGACCCAACCAGUGUUCAGACAGGACGCCACGCCGACUUUGAAAGCUCCAGCUAUUCCUGUGAGUUAUGGACAGUCUGUUGCAAGAGGGAGUAGGAUGCCUCAAGCACUGUUUGAAGACAUGCAUUCUCCACCUCCUAGGGCAAGGGUUGCAUCUCUAAGUGAUAUCCUACCUUGCACUAGACAGAACAGAGACAAGCACACAUCUGUAUUCCAGAAUGAGAGAUCUGAUGACCAGCCAAUGCAUAGUGUUCCCUCAGCUGCAUCAACAGUCCCUCCGGUGUCUGAUGUGAUCUCCCUUGCCUUCCGAACAGUCAACAGCCCGGCACAAAGUGCUCCAAAAUAUGUAGGGAGCAUUCCCCAUGCCACUGUAACUAGGAACGACAUUUCAGGAAGACUUGAAACUGGUCCUAUUGCUGCAAAUAAACAUAGCCCAAGACCACUGUUGCAAGGAAAAAGGGAUGAGAGUGAUGACAUAGUUUUCAUGGGAAAAGUCAGUAGCCAAAACAAACCAGAGGUGGAGCAACAAGACAGCGUAGACAGAAACAAUCCCAACUUUGUGGUACUGGAGAGCAGUGAUGCUCCCCAUGCAGUUUUAAACCAUGAAGAGCUCACUUCUUGCACAGACAUGGUGGAGAGAGGACACGACGGCAACAACAACCUGUCUCCCCUUCGGCAGAUCAAAAAUGUUGUUGACAGUAUCGACAAGCCUGAUGUUGUGACUGUUCACGAGACUGUACCUCCGCAAGACCACCAGCAACCCUACCCCAGCACCCAGCAAGACGAACACGGGCAUGUAAACACGUUCACAGGUCUUUUGGUUGGAGCGGACACAACGAGCGGUGGUGUGACCAAUGACACCAUUGCUGCGAGUGAGGUGAACGGCAGGAGGAUGCCUGAGACGUGCGGGCAGGUUGUCUCUCAGGAACAGGUGCCAGCUGAAGCAUGGAUGGAGGAGAAUCCUAACUCCUCCGCUAGUAGCAUCUAUGAGACCCCCCGCACUGCUUCGUCAAGGUUCAUACAAGUGCCGAAUCAGCAUCAACCAUAUACCUCUAGUCAUACCAGCUGGAGGUCAGACACUCUGCCGAACAGGUCCGACGUCGUCCCGGUUGCAUUUGCUCCGACAAUGUCGCACGCUAACCAACAGUGCCUGUACACCGGCACAACCUCCUUUCAAAAUCAGAGUCAUCACGGUGCCACCGGUUCAUACGGUCGUAUGGUUCAGCCAUGGGGUGGCGACCCUGCCCAAACACAGCAGCAAGGGGCCGGUAACAUCACCAUGAACGCGUUAUUCCUGUGGCAACAGAACAUCAAUCUUGCCCAGCAGGUGUCACUCACAAACAUCCUGGCCAGACACAACCCCUUCCCUAAAACUCAGAUGCUCCUCACCAACCCUCAGCCAGCCUCCAUCCCAACAACCAAUCACGUCUUAGGAACAUCACACAUGAUGACUCCAACCAAUGAGCAGAGCUCAACAGGAAUGACAUCCCAUCCUCCCACGGGGUUGGGAGCGACGCCCAGACCAGUAGGGGACUACUACACGUCUUCUAGCACCAAGCUCACGUAUGUGAACAGCAACCGCAACUGGUUCGGAUUGAAUGGCCAGGGACUGCCACCAACAGCUAUACCUGGAGUACAGAGAAUGAACAACCAAGGUAUCCUGUCUGGGCAACUUUCAGCACAAGGGUUGCAGACUUUCCAUAAGUGAGAUGACGUGUGGGAAAUAUUAGUCUUGGACUAAACUAAGUAUUGUUUCCAAAUUGAGGAUUUGUUGCACAUAUCUUUUCUUACACUUAAAGAAUUUUUCAACCAUUACUCACUUGAGCUAAGUGCCUUUUCUAGCAAGCUACAUGUAUAUCUUACAAGUACUUAAAGACCCUACAGAAAAAUAAGUAACUAUGAAAUUGUUGUUUAUCUAGUUUCAUUUACUGUUUAUUCUCAGGGUCACCACAGUGUUAGGGUUGGACCUUCUUGUACUAUGAAGGUGUCAAAACAAUUGAGUGCCCAUACAUGCAUACGGUGAGUGUUGGAACAUAGGGGUGCCGGUACAUUGAGGUUUCAGAACAAAGGGGUGUUGGAAUAUGGGGUGUUGUAUAUAGGAGCACAAUAUAGGGGUUUUGGAACAUUGAUGUGUUGGUACAUAACAUAGGGGUGUCAGAACAUAGGAGUGUCAAAAUAUUGGCUGGGUGUGUUGGAACUUGGAACAUAGGGUUGUUGGUACGUAUAGUGGUGUUGGAACAUUUACCAGUCAUGGCCUGAUAACGAAUAUGACAAACCCUCACAAGAGGUGCAUUAUGCUUGUUUUCUAUUGCUGCAGUUUUACGGUUGUAGUCAAAUGACCUCAAUUUUUGUUUGAGUUCUGUUCGUGCGACUCGCUUCCAAUGUUCUGGAAGGACGUAAAGGGUUAAGUUAACCAGCAAACUUUUUGUUGCAUUAAAUUAGCAGCAUUUGUUAUGUUUUGUUUUGUUUGCCCCCAAAAGUUAGAGGGAUAUUGGACUUUGUUUAGAUGUUGUUGCAAGAUUAUGAUAAGAUUUGGACGUGAUCAUGUUAAUCAGGCAGUUUACCAAUGAUUUGUCUGAUUAUAACUUACAGAUGGCCACAAAAUGAAAAGCGCCUCUGAUAGGAAUGAACAUUAUUUAUCAUCUUGAUUUGAGAUAUUUUUCUAUUUAUUUUUUCAGUUAUACAUAUGCCACUUGUUUCGUGGACUUAACUUGAAAGUAACUGCAUAAAUUAUAAAUCAUAUAACUUUAACUAAGUAUGCAAUUGUUAUGGAUUAUAAGCAGUUUAUUGUAAAGUUUAAAGACUCAAAGUAUAUAUAUAUUAUAAUAUAUUAUGUAUUAUAUUGUGUUGUGUUGUUAGUUCCAGAUCUAUAUGAAUUAUAUAUUUUGCAUCUAGGUGCAGAUUAAUCAUUGAAAUUGUUUAAGCAUGGAAGACAGAGUCUCUAAUCAAAGACAAUGAGUUUGUUACUUGAACUUUUGCUUCUUCAAGAAUUGCAUCUACAUGCUAAAGGUAACAAAAAGCUCUAAGAUGGAUAUUUAUCACAUAUUGUUUGUUUUUUGAGUUAACAAACAAACAAACUUGCUUGCUGUACGGUAGGAACAAACUUUGGAGUCUCUCUCUAACCUCCUAGAUUUGAUUUAUUGUAUUCUUCAUAGAGUUCAAAUUGAUUAAUUUUGCAGUAUGUAUGACAAACCUACCAAGGAUAGAAUAAAGUUUUUCAUUUCAUAAAGUGAGGACAUGUAUGUGUGAAGAUAU